AGAGCUCCGUCCAUGGUCCAUCCAUCGUAUUAUUUUUAUUUACUUAUUUUACUCUAUUCGUCGACGUCAAUUCCGAGCUGGUCUUCCCUCAUCGACUCAACUCCCUCCCUCUCUCCUCCCUCUCUCUCUCGCUUCUCCCCUUCCGAGUUUCUUCUGGUCGUCUCCACAGGUUAGCAGGUUGAUUGGUUGAGAAAUUCAGUUGGUAAUUGGUGGAGAGGUGCAAGGGAAGUUAAUAAAGAUGGGAGUGAAACAGGCCAUUAAGAGCCUGGAUGCCUUCCCUCGUGCAGAAGAACACUUGUUGCAGAAAACGCGUUCCGGAGCACUUGUUUCUGUUAUUGGUCUUGGGAUAAUGGCUACAUUGUUUCUGCACGAGCUCACUUACUACCUCCACACGUAUACCGUUCAUCAGAUGUCUGUUGACCUGACACGUGGACAAACUCUUCCAAUUCAUAUAAAUGUCACAUUUCCUUCACUAGCUUGUGAUGUCUUAAGUGUGGAUGCGAUUGACAUGUCUGGCAAGCAUGAAGUGGAUCUUGAUACAAACAUAUGGAAAGUAAGAUCAUAUUCCUUUCUCUUGAAGAAUAUUUCAGAUGCAAAGCUUCGACUGAACAGUCAUGGCCAGAUUAUUGGUACUGAAUAUUUGUCGGACCUCGUAGAAAAGGAGCACUCUCACAAUCAUGAUGAUAAAGACCAUAAUCAUGAUCCUGAACAAAAACUUCACAGCCAUGGCUUUGAUGAAGAUGCUGAAAAUUUGAUUAAGAAGGUGAAGCAAGCUUUGACAGAUGGAGAAGGAUGCCGGGUAUAUGGUGUCUUAGAUGUUCAACGUGUAGCCGGGAACUUCCACAUCUCAGUUCAUGGGUUGAACAUUAUGGUUGCACAAAUGAUUUUUGAAGGAGCUAAGCAUGUCAAUGUCAGUCACAUCAUUCACGACCUAUCGUUUGGGCCGAAAUAUCCUGGUAUUCACAACCCUCUUGAUGGGACGGUGAGGAUUCUACAUGAGUCGAGUGGAAUAUUCAAAUACUAUAUCAAGAUUGUUCCAACGGAGUACAGAUACAUAUCUAAAGAAGUUUUACCAACUAAUCAAUUCUCAGUUACAGAGUACUUCUCACCAAUGAACGACUUUGAUAGAUCAUGGCCAGCUGUUUACUUUCUGUAUGAUUUAUCACCCAUCACCGUGACUAUCAAGGAAGAAAAGCGUAGCUUCCUCCAUUUCAUAACUCGCCUUUGUGCAGUUUUAGGCGGUACAUUUGCAGUAACAGGAAUGCUUGAUAGGUGGAUGUUCAGGAUCAUUGAAGCUGUGACAAAACCAAGCGCUAGCAGCAUGCGAUGAUGAGAAGCUAUGAAUCACACAAUCAUAUAGUCUCCUAAUUCGCGGACAUCCCUCUUCACGGGAGAUUGAGCCAUUGGCGACCGGGUUCAAAAAUACAAGAGCUGAUGGAUGGAUUUGGAAGGCUGGUAACCCCUUUCACAUUCUGUUCCCUUCUUUGUUUGGCAUUUGACUGGUGGUAGCAUAUUUGGUUCUGGUCGAAUGGUUGCUACCUCUUUUUACAUGCUGAAUGUGAAAUUGUAGCUCUUGGAAAGUAACUUUUUGAUGUUGUAAUAGAAACAGUCAGUACACUGACGCAGAAUUUUGAUUUGGUCGAACCGAAAUGGACUAUGUACUCUUUAAGCUCGACCUUGUGAUACCGUAGCAACUGCCCAUACCGGCUGAACCCAUGUAGAAGAUCAAUUUGAUACACGGUUUCGUUACCUCUUAUUCUGGUUCUCUCGUGAUUUUGCUGCAAGAUCUUGAAACUCUUAGCCAAUCGAUUCUGCACUAUGUCCGUUCUUCGAUUUCUUUUCAUUAUGUAGC